AGGACCCCACUUUUAUUUUGACUCACAAGUAUGCUCACAAAAAUAUGUAAGUGAUCAAAGACGAAAAUUUUUUGCCGAUGCAGCAAGGGAAUGAAGGAUGAGAAAACAAAAUUUGAGCACAAGAACACGACUUGGUGUAUUGGCUGCACCUAAUUGCCUCGCUUGUACUGUUUCGUUUUUCUUGGGAGUGCCAUCUUUGGUGCCCGCGCAGCGCUAAAAUGUAGUGAUCACGCCACGAAGAUCUCCUCCCUGCUAGAGAUCCGCGAUAACAAGGCAAUUCCGCCUCGGGCGUUGCCCCGAGCGUGGCCGGCGGAUUCUAGUGUCGACCCAGAUCAUGGAUGGUAGAACUGCCCGACGACCUCUCGAUGUCCAGGACGAGUUGGAACAAAGCCAAAAGGCCUGGCACCACCCCCGGUCUAGACCACCUGGAGCAGGGGGAAAAGAAAGACGAGAAAAGAAAGCAGCAGCACCUGCUCGGGUGAAUCACCAGCUGGAGGCGCAGCGGCCCGAUGCCAGGGAAGAUUCAGUUUACCAGGCGUUUUUGCUUGAGCUCCGACGCAUCAACGCCGAAGAAGAUGAUGCAGCUCCGAUAGCGCGUCAUCAAGAUCAAGUGGCUUCAAAAACGGCAGCACCCAACAAUAACAUAGAAGCAGGCAAGGAGCAGCAAGAACCCCCGCCAGGCGUGCCCCUUGAGGACUGGGAGCAGCUGCUGUUCGCGGACGAGCAGCAAACCAUCUACACCCUAUCGUAAGGAAAAAUCCCCCCUCCCCAUACUGAAAAGGUAUGUUUCUAAAAAGUUGUGAUGCUGAUUUGUGACCACAAAUCCUGUCUCUCUUGCAAGAGGGCAAACUCAGAGACUCCCCCACGAUAUGCAGGCGAUUGGUAAUGCUGCAAGGCCUAUAGGGCAGACGUUUGCCAUGCUAGGCCCCUACACCAAGAGGCCCCUCUUUAGGCUUACGAUCUGCGUGCAGUCCUCUACCGCAAUACAAAUCAGAUUUGUAUACGGAAAUCCAGCAUCACAAGUUUCGUUUUCGAUAUGGGGAGGGAGGAUUUUUCCUUUUGAUACACCCGGGAGGAAGUUCUCCGGUUUCUCGCGUCCACGGAGAACGACGUGCCUGCGGCCGUGCGGAGCUUCCGCGCCACCGUCCGGUGGCGCGAGGCGCGGAAAAGGAACGCGAAGAACAACUUUCUUCCCACCGCGUUGCAGCCCCCGGAACGGCUGCUGAUGAACAACGGCAGCACGCGGUUCCUCGGCUUCGCUCACGACGGCUAUCCGGUAGUUUGGUCGGACAGUCGACUCUCCCGGCCGGAGCUGGUGGACCCCAACGACCCGGAGUUCACGAUAUCAACUGUAAAAAUGUCUGGGUCUGGAAGGUCGGAACUUGUGAUGCGAACUUUGGACUCUAAAAAAAUCUGUAUUGCAUGACCAGCAAGAGGAGUCUAGUUUGUGCUACGCGGGGAGGGCAUUUGUCAUGCGGAGUAGGCAUCAGGAAGCCAUCUAGAAAUCUGUGAUGCUAGGUCGUGCAUUACAGACAUCCUGGGUCAUGCAAAGUAUGCAUGACAAACCCGGCAACAUUCCAGACCCAGACAUUUUUGCAUUUGAUACACGAUGUACUGCAACAACACUAUCUACAUGAUGGAGGCGCUGAAGCGGGUCUGCCUCCAGCGGCAGAAUAUCCUGUGUAAAAACAUCCCCACACCAGAGUCAAGAUGGGAAAUCUGCUAGACAAAUUAUCCAGCUUUGGUUGUUUCGCAUGACAAAUUUGGCCCCGUAGUGUAAUCCUGUUUAGCUACCUCAAGCAGCAUCACAGAUCUAGCAUAUCAUGCUGAUUAGAGCAUCGCAAAUUCUCAAACACGAUUAGAAAACGCUUCUCAUGCGGCUCCGCAUGGGAAACCUUUUUGGCAUGCAAAUCUGCAUGACAACUCUGGUGUGCUAUGCCGUAGAGUAGGGGGGAGCUAUGCCGUAGAGUAGAUGCAAUAACUCACAAUCACUUUACCACCACUGACACCACGUCGGUAUCUCCCCCGACUCCCUGAAGAGGAGUUUCGAAAGAAGUAGAUAAACACCCGAGCGUGGCGGGUCCGCUGUGCCCCCCUUUACAGUAGCCUACUAGAUCUCAGGCCCCCUUUUUUUACACUAGCCGAGAUCUCAGAACCAGCGCCCCGCGCUGCGGAGUACCCCUCCUAAAAAUGACCUCCUCCCCGCCCGGGCACGGCGCCUGAAUCCUGCAGCAGUCGUCCACGCACCAUCCUGCGCAGCAGCAAGGUCCUCGCUUAGUCUGACGGGCAUGGGCAGCAACUUCUCCAUGUUCGCAGCAGAUCCGGAAUACGAAAUCAGACCUGGGCAGGAGUUCUGGAAAGGGUUAAGUCCACCAUGCCGCCGGUGGAUUAAGCAGCUCGGGUAGGCUUCGGCAGACGGACACCAGGUCGAGGCUUCGCGAGCGUGGAUGCCCCCCAGCUCGCCCAAGCCAGUAGCAACAAGCUCAAUCGAGUCGUGUUCCCCAGCGCAAUAGAUGCGAUGUAGGGGCGCGCAAUAGAUGCGAGCUCAAGGCUUUUCAGCGCUGGGGGAGAUGGUGUUGCCCACGACGCGGGAAUAUUCCCGCCGUGGAAUCGAGAAUGAACCUGGCGCCGAUGUUUUGCGCUUCUGUGUUGCUCCCGCGUGGGCAGCGGUCCGCGUGCAGAAACGUGCUCUACUUGAGCAGCCUUGCCAAUCGUGUAUCUGUACCCCGCACGUUCGGUCAUGUGUAAAGCAGUCGCCGAUCAUGAUCGCCAAAUCCGGCGGUCUGGUAGAUCAGCAUUAAAUCUCGCACCUCUUACCUUUAGUUUGGAUGUUUAAACAUCACUUCAGGCUGGCGCUUGUCGCUUAGUGCCUCCAGUGAAUGCAUUCGUCCAGACAGUAACAACUGGUUUGCCGCAGGCUGCAGCUUUCUCUUGUAGUUGUGGGCCUGGCUGUACAUCCCCGUUAUAGUGGUUGCGAGUUGGAAGUUUGCGAGAAUCAGAGUAAGGAAUUGUUGGCAAAUAAAAAGUGAGGCGUUGUUCAGAUGGCAAGUUGGCACAGUAUGGAUGGUUGUGAAGUAUGGUUGGUGGCGAUAACAGAGUUGGAAUAUAGUGGCCGGGAGAUGAUGGCGAUGGCACUUAGGUGUCCGCCUGACCCACCCGCCCUGCGUCUCAGGCCAUCUGCGGCUAUGGCACAAUGGGGGGGCAAAGUGUGUCGCAUUUUGUUUAGCAUGACAACUCUGGUGUGGGUACGUUUUUACAUAGGAUACAGAAGUUGCCCACGUUCCAGAUUUACGUGCUGAUGGACUUCUCGGGGUGGACCUUCCGCCUGUCCAAGCACUCCGCGCUGCAGAAGACGCUGGUGAAACUCCUGCUGAACCACUACCCGGGCACCCAGCGCGGCACCUUCAUCAUCAACGCGCCACCAUUGUUCCAGAUCGCGUGGAGCAUCUUUCGCGCGUUCGCGCCCUCGAAUACCUGCAAAAAGAUCUUUUUUCUGCAGAUCCCCUUCCAUUCGCGGGACACCAUUGUCGGGGACGAGGAGAAUUUUCCGUUUCUGCAACAAGCGCUGUUCACUAAGAUUCCCAAGGAAAUUCUGCCUUUCGAGUACGGAGGUUCGAACCAGUUCCCGGUCUGCACCAUGGGGCCGGGGGAGCCGGAGUUUCCGACCGCACGCUUCUACCACCAGGCCGAGCGGAGAAUCACGGACCCGGACCCCGAGGGCAACUCACGGAGAGGGAUGCUGGGUAGUGGAACACGACCUGAUCAUGAUUUUCAUAGUACAUCACCGCCAGCCGGGAAGAUCUUAUCAAACAAUCACAGCAGCACAAAUAAGGUUAAGGGUCAUGCGGACGCUAGAGCUAGUACUGCGGAGAUCGUGCCCGAAAGGAGCGGAGCUUCUCCGUCGAGUCGGAGAAAAACGAGUAAAGAUAGCCCAAUAAGAAAGAGUAGUAAAACAAAACCAGAAGCAGGAAUGCCGCCAGUGGGGAGUACAACCACAUCUAGGCCCAGCGCUGCGGAGAGCAGUUCACCGAGCAGCUCCCCGUCUCUAGAUGCGACCAUUAGCCCCGGAAGUAUCGAGAAGACGAGCAAAGAGCGGCGGCUCGCGGCGUUUAGUCACCGGUUUCAGCACGCGACUAGUACUGUGACUGAGAUGACCCCCACGUCAAGCCGUGCUUCUGGGGUCCUCUAUGCGAAGGAAACAAACUUGAACCGCACCUACGUCUCUGGUUUCACGCAUCCACUGGCACAGGAACACCACGAGAAGCUGGGGCUUUCAGAAAGGGAGUGGGGGAGAGCGCGGCAGGAGGACUUUUUCCACCUCGGAGGUACUGCUAGUAGAAAUGGGUCCACCUCUACUAGUACAGGUCUCACGGGAAAUGUCGAACAAGGCUUCUACAACGCUUUUGGGUCGUACUACAACUACUACGGCACCACCAGCACAACAAGGUCUUCUGCGUCAAGUCCCUUCUCGAGCAAGUCCCGGCAAGGGUCGAAAACGGUUACAUUUCGUACAGAACAGGCAAACAAGCAGGAAAAAAAAUCCACUGGAGCCACUCUAGGGAGCUGUUUACGGUCUUUCCUACAAACACUCGGGCGGGGGAUAUUCGGCUGUGCUACGAAAGCGGUUGUGUUUUUCUGGAACAAGGUGGUUUUGGAGCUGGUCAUACCAAUUUUAGGCUUGUUAUGUACUUGUUGUGGUAGUGUAUGCGGGAACAAGUACGUGUUUUCGUGUACAAAAAUAUUUGCUCUGGUCUUCAUUUCCUUCCUCUGUUCAAAUUUCUUCCGGCCCAUAGAAAGAUUACUCUCCUUGCUCUUUCUCUACUGUGGCGACGCUGUAGUAGUUUUCGAUCCCGGGACGGUAGAUGGCAGUACAACUGGCACAACCGGCGGGCAAGUACAUCUACAUGGACCUGCAGGUUUAGUCACAGCAGAGGACAAAAUUGCUGGUAAUGUAACUUUUGCGACAUGAAAUUUUCGGUUUUUGGUCUGUUACUCACGGGAGAACAGGGUACUUAUACGACGACCUUACAUUUUUCGUGUCAUGUGAAAGGAAUUACUAUCCUGCAGUGAUUGAUCUGCGCAUCAUAAAUAGAGGAAGAAAAUGAACAGGAUCUUCGGCAGCCAUACCUGGUUUUCGGGUGGUAUUUUUGCAGUUACGAGCGCUUGUUUUUUCGUCCGGAAAGAAGGUCAAGUUGGCCACUUGCACCUCAUCGUACAAAAGUUUGCACACUAGUUGGUUCGCUGAGAGAUGAAUAUGC